CGCAGCGCCGGGCGCGCCCGCAGCGCGCAGGAGCCGCGGAGCGCAGCCAUGAGCCGCCGCGUGGUGCGCCAGAGCAAGUUCCGGCACGUCUUCGGGCAGCCGGUGAAGGCCGACCAGAUGUACGAGGACAUCCGUGUCUCCAAGGUGACGUGCGACAGCUCCUUCUGUGCCGUCAACCCCAAGUUUGUGGCCAUCAUCGUGGAGGCCGGCGGCGGGGCCUUCAUCGUCCUGCCCCUUGCCAAGACAGGACGGGUAGACAAGAACCACCCGCUGGUGACGGGGCACACGGCGCCCGUGCUGGACAUUGACUGGUGUCCCCACAACGACAACGUCAUCGCCAGCGCCUCGGAGGACACCACUGUCAUGGUGUGGCAGGUCCCCGACUACGUCCCCGUGCGCAACAUCACGGAGCCGGUGGUGACGCUGGAGGGACACUCCAAGCGGGUGGGCAUCAUCUCGUGGCACCCCACCGCCCGCAACGUCCUGCUCAGCGCAGGCUGUGACAACCUGGUGAUCCUCUGGAAUGUGGGCACGGGGGAGAUGCUGCUGGUGCUGGAGGACAUGCACACCGACCUCAUCUACAACGUGGGCUGGAACCGCAACGGCAGCCUCCUCGUCACCACCUGCAAGGACAAGAAGGUCCGCAUCAUCGACCCCCGCAAGCAGCAGAUCGUGGCGGAGAGGUUUGCCCCCCACGAAGGGCUGAGGCCCGUGCGGGCCAUCUUCACGCGGGAAGGACUCAUCUUUACCACGGGCUUUACCAGAAUGAGCCAGCGGGAGCUGGGCUUGUGGGACCCGAAAAACUUUGAGGAGCCCAUCGCCCUGCAGGAGAUGGACACGAGCAACGGGGUCUUGCUGCCCUUCUACGACCCCGACUCCAGCAUUGUCUACCUCUGCGGGAAGGGUGACAGCAGCAUCCGGUACUUCGAGAUCACGGACGAGCCGCCCUACGUGCACUACCUGAACACCUACAGCAGCAAGGAGCCGCAGCGGGGCAUGGGCUUCAUGCCGAAGCGCGGGCUGGACGUCAGCAAGUGCGAGAUCGCCAGGUUCUUCAAGCUGCACGAGCGCAAGUGCGAGCCCAUCGUUAUGACGGUGCCGCGCAAGUCAGAUCUCUUCCAGGACGACCUGUACCCCGACACGCCGGGCCCCGAGCCGGCCCUGGAGGCGGACGAGUGGCUGUCGGGGAAGGAUGCGGAGCCCAUUCUCAUCUCGCUGCAGGACGGCUACGUCCCCAUCAAGAACCGGGAGCUGAAGGUGGUCAAGAAGAACAUCCUGGACAACAAGCCCCCCCCGGGCUCUCGCCGCAGCCACUCCACCUGCGACCUCGACUUCUCUCGGCCAGCCUUGGAGGAGGUGCUGGAGGAGAUCCGUGCCCUGAAGGAAAUGGUCCAAGCGCAGGAGAAGCGCAUCUCUGACCUGGAGAACAAACUCUGCCAGUUCACCAAUGGCACGGACUAGCGCGGUGGCCACGGCCACGGCCACGGGCAGGGCGAGGACUGCCCCGACCCCUCUGGGGAUUAAAGCCGAGUCCCCGCAGAGGGCAGGAGCCCAGAGCCGUGUUCUUUCCCCAGGAGCCGAGGCUGCAGGGAGGGGGGUCGGACCCUGACCCCCCCCCCCACCACUGGCAUCGCUUGCAUCCUGCUCCCGGGGUGGCCUGGCAUAUCAACACCCCGCUGCAGCACCCAGGGAGGUCCUGCUUCGGUGCCCGCAGGCUGGGGCUGCUGAGCAUCCCUCCUCAGGGACCUGCAAGCUGGACACCAGCGUCCUCCCAGGACAGGGGGCUGCCGGCCCCCCCCCAGCCGGGAUGCACUUGGGUACGGUGCUACAUCCGCCCCUCGCUGUCCCCCUCGCCUCCCCCUGCCCCAUCGCCCCCCUCGGCGGGUGCUCCCAACCGGCUCUUUGCUCCUGGGUCCCCCUUUAAUAAAGGGCUCAGCCACCCGUGGCUGUGUGGCAGGUACCAGGGACGUGGGACCACCAUGCCGGGGGGGUCCUGCCUGCACCCCGCUGCCUGCACAGCCCCGGCACAGGCGGACAGAGGCCGAGAGAGAAAAACAUUAAAGAGCAUUUAUUGGUGUUGGCCGCGGUCGGAGCUGCUCGG